AUGAUUGUUAUUGCUUACGUGGAAGGGCUAUUGACGGAUGAAGAGUUUAUGUUUCUUUAUGAGACAAAUAAACCAGUUAAUUUAGAGCUGCCUUACUACGAGUAUGAGGAAUUUAACUUUGACGAAAACAGCAGUGAAGCCGAAUGUAAAGCAGGGUUUAGGUUUGAAAGAGGAGAUAUCGAACGUCUUGCUGAUGUUCUUCAAUUACCACCCACCUUUACGUGUCCACAAGGCAGUGUUUGUGACCGAAUAGAGGGCCUUUGCAUACUUCUUCGUCGCGGCGCAUAUCCAUGUCGUUACAGUGACAUAGUC